GGCGGAAUCCCGGUCGAAGUGGUCCGGUUAAAUGCGAAAACCGUGCGGCUUUAUAAAGUUGUGAACGGGCACUUUGGAGAGAAAAGGAUGUUUUUGAUCUUGAAGUAGUGUCGUUUAUUCAAAUUCUAAUUCCUAUGAGUCAUUGGCAUGAGUUAAUUUCCAGGCUACAGCAUCAGAGAAUAUUGUGCCUGUGCCUGCCGGUCAGGUUCCUCAGGUUCCUAAGCUAGUCCGGGCCGUGAUUUGUUCUGGAAGUACAUCACUGACCUAGCCCUGUUUUCUGCGUGGAUAAACAGACUUCAUCCCAUCACCCUCACCCCUCACCCCUCAACCCCUAUCACGAUCUUCAGCCUCCUUCCACCCGUCACCCUCACCCAAGAUGGCCGACAAGGCCCCUUGGUGGAGGUCAUUUGUGGGCAAGAGGAGGGUGGCUGCCCGCGAGUCUGCCAAAGAGGCGCUUGCCCAGCAGCAGCAGCAGCAGCAAGCCCAGGCCUCGCACCCCCACCCUUCCACAGACACCAAGCCAGCGGACUCUCAGGCCCAUGUCAUCCACAGCACAGGAGCAUCCACAGAUCCAGACAGACAGCUGACUGCCAACAAGAGGAGCAACAGUGCGGAGGACCUUGAGCAGCCGACCUUCAACGAGGCCACCAACCGGCGCAACCUCCGCGUGUCGCGCUCGGGCCGCUUCAAGGAGAAGAAGAAGGUGCGCGUCAGUCUGACCCCCGGCGCCGAGCAGGAGUUGCACGGCGGUAAGGCCUCGGCGAAAGACGACGCAGGAGCGUGAGGGACGAGGGAGGAUGCAGGAUGCAGGAGGUUCCACUCGGCAGAGUUGGUCUGGACCAAUGAUGGGCUAUUGCACAACGACUGUGCAUUCUAAUCAGGGAUGGGCAACCUGGAGGCCGCAGGUCCCAAAGGACCUGGUUAUACCUGACUAAUUCAACCAGGGAGUCAUUCAGGAGCAAUCAUCCAAGCAACUUGCCAACUGGGCAAUCAUCUGGUUGAAUUUUACAGGUAAAACUAGGUUAUGUGGAAUGUGUGACACAUAUGUGAAUAUGUGGAUUGUAAACAAAUGAAUCCAGGUUGCCCAUCACUGAUUCUAAUCCACAGUCAUAGGGCCAACACUUACACUCACUUGUCCCUACAUAAUCCAAUGAAGAAUGGUCCUUCAGUGACCAUUUGUCAAAGCCACUACACAGAAGGUUCUACAUGCUUACUACAUAGUAUCUACCACAUGAAGGCUACUACUGUACAUAAAAUGAAGGAAUGUGGCAAGUAGAAGUAGUCUUCUAAAUGGAGCUCAUUUUAUAGUGCUCUGUGGGCCUUGUGAGUGAAGCUGUGUGUGGGUCAUCUUAGGGCUAAACCAGAUUUGGUCUGUGGGCAACGUCUUGAGACUUACCGUCCCUGCAGUAGGUUAAGGUGCAGAUGAAGUGCACCUCUGGUCUUCUGACCAACUGACGUGGAGUUCCCUGCUGUUCUUUUCUCCUUGUGUCCAUCCCCCAAGACUGUGAUCAUCAGGGGAAUGGAGGACAGGGGAACAUGCAUCCAUCCUUUCGUCCAGAGAACUAUACUAUUCAUCCAAUCACUCCAUCCAGCCAAUGAAUCCAUCCAUCCAUCCAGAGAAUUUUAUUUAUGCACUUCUCAGAGAAGGACUAAUAAUAUUUAAAUGAUAAGUAUUUCACUUGUAAAUGAGAUGAAAAUGAGUGGAUGUGAAUUAUGUGAUCAUUUGUUUUUUUAAUUGUUAAUGUUGAAGUUGAAGGCUGUGACUGCUGGGUCAUGGGUAAUCUCCUGCUGUAUACUCAAUUUGCCACUAAUGAUAGGCACGAGUUCACAUUUUUUUCAUCUGCUUUGUAAAUAGUCAGAUCUACUGUUUUUUACUUUGAGAAGCUUACACUUGCAGCUUACAGAGUUUCUAACAAAGUUGAAGUUGCACAUCCCUACUUACUGAGGUCAGGUGCAGGACAAGAACUCAAUCAUGAUAGAAAAAGUAAAUGUCUGCACACUGAACAGCUGGCCUGAAGAAAACCCUCGCAGGUCGAAGCGUUGCUCCUUUUUAGUAAACUCUUUUGGUUGGAGUUUCAGUGGACAGGCGUUUACUUUUUCUCUAACAUUUGCAGCUCACUCAUAGAAAACGAUUGUCUGACAACUGUCUGAGCACAGCACAAUUUUGCUUCAUGUUAUCCAAAGAGCUUAGUGUGUAAGCAACUCUUCCUCAACUGGGGUGCAUUUCUGGAAAGCGAAGUUGCUAACUCUGUUAGCUACUUUGUUGGUUGCAAUGCAAUUUCCCAUUGGCAACUACCGAAGUUGCUAACUGCUAUCCAAAAAUGCGCACCUGAAGAGCUUUACUAGCUUCUAACAUCCACCAGAAGUUGAUGAGACUCCUCAGUUGAGCUUUUAAACAUCAAAUCUAAGUUUUUGACAUGCUGGUUUUAUGGGUUGUGUUCCAGUACACAGUACAUUUUCGCAGUGCACAUAAUUAUACUCUUACUGUACGACAAUGCCGCUGUUAUACAUAAUUAAUUACUGAGUAGUCUGUGUAGUGUCAUAGUAGUGUAGUACCGUGGUAGUACAUUAUUUUCACUGACGAUAAAUGUGCAUAAUAAGGCUACAACUGCUAGUUGAUUCUAAUCUACAAUAUAUGAUACACAGGGCAACUUUUUGAGCAAUGGCGGCCAACAUCUUGAUUAGCUCCUCAUUUUUUGAUGGAAUAGUGAAAAAAUAAGUUGUCUGCUGCUGAUCCAAGUCCUCUUGACAAGCUAUCCUUGUAAAAAAAAGUCCAAACAUCUUAUAGAAUCAUUGCCCAGAAACAUUGUUCAACAAGUUGCCCUGUGUAUCCUUUUAGUGUUGAAAUAGCAAUGCACUGUGUGUCUAUAGAAUGUGAUUAGAGGAGUGAAUAUCUCAGCCCAGUGCUCCCCUGUGCUCUCAUUCAUACACAGGUGAUGUACUGUAUACCCAUAUUACUCCAGGAGAGGGAUUGCCCCUGUAUCUAAAUCAGUGCCAGACAUCUAUCUUCUCUGUGCUCUGGGGUAACUGGUAGUCCCCCUUUCCACUGUAAGUCGCUCAGGCAUAAUGUCAUGGGGGAAUGCAGCCUCAGAAAGCAAAAGUCUUGUGUAAUUUGUGGCAGCCCUUUGAGCAAACCCAAUGAUUCAUUCCAGAAACAGAACAGAAGGCCAGGUGCUAGGGGUUUUGAUGUCUGUUUUAAAUGCACACUUAGAGCCAAGUCAUUGUCCGACUUUUGUAGGAUUUCUUUCAUUAUUUGCUUAUUUUGGAGCAUGGAAAUGGGUUUAACACAGCAAAGGAGAUGUCACGAAUUAACAAAAUGAACUGUAACAACUUAUAACAGGCUAAUACAAACCCUGCAUGGCAGAUGAAUCACUUGGUAAAUGUGUUAUAUGUUACUGAAAUGUAUGAAGACAUUGUAAUGUAUCUUGUAAAAGACUCCUGGAAAAUGAAGUAGCAAAUGUCCCUCAGUAUCAGACUCUCCGUUGUUGUCUCUAUUGGUGGCAGUGGUCCAGAUAAGCUUUUAGCAGUUUAGUGUCAUUUGAGCAAACUGUUUUUGAGAAGUCUGGAAUGGUUUCACCUAAUAAGGAAAGCAGAAGUUGCAAUUAGAUCUCACCUGCCUGUCUUGAGAGUGUUUUUGGAGAUGUGCUGUAGACAACGUAACUGAUUGAAAUUGAAAAUAGUGUAUCUUGAGAAGUUAGUUUGAGCUCUGCUUGGAUUUUGGCAGAAUGGGUGCUACUUCUCCAUCCACUUUAGUGAAUACAGUUGAUUAUAACUUGAAACUCAAGAUCUCAAAAACGUUCUUCACAAUGCUGUCUCAGUUUAUGUCUCCUAGCAAUCAGCAAACAUCUCUGUUAGAGAAGAUUUAUUCACUGUGAGGCUAUCAAAACAUAAUUUCAAGACAAUAUCUUACUUUGGAAUUGGGCACCUUUAGCCAAUAGACCCCAUUCUUGUGUCUCUGUGAUUGGGACCACGACUUGGCAUCAUCAUGACCUUAACACAGUUCUCUGCAUAAAAUGCACCUUUGGGUCAAGGAUUUGACAUUAUUGCUAGUUUUCACUCUUCUCUUCCAUAUUCCCAUCACAUUUUUCGGUCUUCUUUUUUGUCUCGACAAAGAAAGAUGUGGAACAAUGAAUUGAGUUGUCAACAUUAUUGGACAAAUGGGAAGGUUUUUUUUAAGGAGCUUUCUUUUUGUCAGGGCUGUAUUAGGUUAAUGGAGGUUGACAUAUUGAAUGGACAGCAUGCAACAAUGCAUACUAAAGCACUCCACCCAACCAUAUUCCCCACACUAAAAAAAAACAAUUACUACUUAUUUGUGUUCAGUCACAGCUCUUCCAUGGACGCUUGAAAAAGAUUUUAUCAUCCUUGGUUGUAAUGUAAUUAUUGUUUUGUGAACCUUCAAUGUGUAAAUAAAGAAG